AGGACCCGCCCAGGGCCACCUGAGACCAGAAGGUAGGCGGACAGGAAGGGGCGGCCGCCGGCGGGGAGCGAGAGAGAAGCAGGAAGUUUUGGGGAGCUCGCCGAGGACCGGGAAGCGCCUGCUUGGGGAAGCCACUCGACGGGGUCAUGGAGGGUGGAAGUGCCCCCGGGAUGGCAAGCGACAAGGUGAAGAACCUCCAGAAUGAGGUGGAGGGUGUCAAGAACAUCAUGACGCAGAAUGUGGAGCGUAUGCUGGCAAGAGGAGAGAACCUGGACCACCUGCGCAACAAGACGGAGGACCUGGAAGCGACGUCGGAACACUUCAAGACAACGUCACAGAAGGUGGCACGCAAGUACUGGUGGAAGAAUGCCAAGAUGAUCAUCAUCAUCUGCAUCAUUGUGGCCAUCAUCCUGAUCUUGAUCAUUCUCUUUGCUACGGGCGUCAUCCCAACCUAACUCUCUUCCUCCUGGCAUUGGAUCUUCUCGGCUCACUCCAACCCUGGCUCCUGCCUGCCACUGCUUUACUUAGGCAUCAAAAUUGCCACAAGGCCCUUGGCUGAGCACAGCCGUCAGGGGUCCUGGGCUGCUCCCUCAGAACACACACACGCUCUCCCCGCCCUAGCCUUCCUCACCAGCUCCUUCUCUUUAGCCUCAGGGCAAUAAGAAUCUCUGCCACCAGACCUUAAAAGCUUCCUUUCCACACUCCCUAAGUUUCCAAAUUCACCUGGGACUCGUUGACCCCACCACUCCAGCCUCCAGAUACUGGUGCCAACAAUUCCUGCUGUCUGUGCCUGGCAGCUGCUAAGAUUCCCUUCGUCUCUCCCGCUCCCUGGAGGGUUCCGAUUCCCAAAGUGCCUUUAGCUACUCCUUCCCAAGCAGAGCUUUGACCACUGCCUCUUUUAGGGACCUGGUUGGGUCACUUCCAUAUUAAUUAGGUGACAGUGUUGACAAACAUUGCUUGAGGGGAGGGAUCAGCGUUCCCUGUCGGCCAGAAUGGGUUUUGGGAGCCCCAGAAGCCCUAUGGGGGUGCUCCUUGUAUAGAGGUUUUCUUGGUAAUCAAUGUUUGGGGUGGGCAAAUGUCUGUAUUCCCCUUUAAAAGCGGGGAUGGGCAUUGUGAAGAGGGUGUCCAGGCAUUCAAGUCUCCCGUGAACACUUUGGAGAGGAGACGUUAGUCCAUAAGUGGCUUUUAAAAAACCCCAAAACAAUGAGGCAGGUUUGGUGGUUUUUUAAAGGUGCUCUAAAUUUCUGCUUCAUUCACUGUUGUGUAUUUAGUUCCCUUUGACAGCCUUUGCCAAUCCAGUACCCUCCAGAUGUUUUAGGUUACAACUCCCAUCACUACUGGGGCUGGUAUGAGUUUGUAGUCCAAAACAUCUGGAGAAAGCCCAGUUGGCCAAGGCUGCCUUAGACCUUGAUCCUGAGACAGGCCUUACUCCCGGGGUGUGCCAACCUGAAUGGCAGUGCAUUUUGAGCCUGCCUCUCUUCCCCUGUUCCUCUGCCUGCCUGUGGCCUGCAGGCUUCUGCCUUUCCUGAUCAAGUUCCUUGGAUCUUUGCAGGGUCUCCGCUGUAGCUGAUGGUUUUGUUUUUAUUGGUUUCUCCCUGCAUACACAGAUUUGCUCACUGUAAUAAAUGUAUUUAUAAGUAAUUGGCUAAUACAGAAAUCUGUUUAGAAGAA